GGCGGCGCGGCCCCGGCGCCCCGGGGCACGGGGCCCUGGCGGCGGCCGAAAGAUGCCCGUGGUGUGGGACAGCACCGGGGCUUGGGCUCUCCAAGGGCUCCGGGGCAAGGGGGCUGCCCGGUUAACCUCAGUUUUACCUCGUUGUAUGAAGAGACACUUGGAACACCCAGCGUCCGAGAUGGCUGAAUCAGAAUCUCAGGAAGGAAACCAUUAUAACAGGGGAAAAAUGGUGGAGAACUUUAAAAUGGACAUGGAGGAACUUCUGGAGGAAAUGGAAAAACUAACAGUGCGUGCAGCCUGGAUGACCUACGACUGCGUGGCCAUCCAGACCAACCCAGACCUAUACAAUGCCAUGCAGCACUUGGAAGAUGUCUUCCUGAUGUGCAAAGAGCAGAUGGAGAAGAAAUGGCAAGAGGUGCUACUGGAAUCUAGAGGUGAAGGGCAAAAAAAGGAAUAAAUUUAACUCAGUCAUGCUGCCAGAAUGACAUCCCUUGGAAAAUCACUUAGGUCCUUUUUUCUCCUAGCUGUGGAGGAUUCACAGGCGCUGUGGGAAAUGGGCUUUCCUCUUGCUAAGAACUACUUAUUUGUGAACAUCUGUGGAAGUAUUUUAAUGAGAUUACACAUAUAGCUUCAUAUAGUUGAGGGUAAAAGGCAGCAGUGUGUGUAUGAGCAUGAUGCCCAUUGGUAAUCCGUAUAGUGUUUGCACACACAAUUGACACACCCUCUGACCUUUUCCCUGGAAGAUCAUACUCACUCCAUGGUCAGUGUAACUGGAAUUCUUAGAAACCUGAACAAACUGGAAGGAUGGGGAGCAGGGGUGCUGUAGAGGACCAGCACAGUGGCAUUGCACUAGCCCAUGGCUUUCAAAGAAAACUGAAGAAUUGCUUAUUUUUCUAAAUGAAACACAGGUUAAAUUCUAGAUUUGCAGAUAGAUUGAGUUGGUUUUAUUUAGUAUUAUCAUCUAAGUGUUCAAUGACGUAGUUUUAUUAUUUAGAUACAUCAUCUAUAGUUGUUGCAUCUUCUUCCAUUAGAUUUUUAACCAUUUCUUUGAACUGUUUUCUCCAGAUUGUUCCUCCCAAACCCUCUGAAGGUGCCAUGAAAUAAAAAUGUUUUCCCAUUAUA